AUGGCAGAGAAGGAGCCCAGCAAUAUUGCUCAACAGAAAAGUGAUGUAGAGUCUACAACAAUGCAUUCUGAAGAGCUUCGUCCCAAGAAGAGCAUGAAAUGUCUAGCAUAUGUAGCUGCUUUUGCCGUGUUCCUGACGGUAAUUAUAAUUCUAUUUUCACUAACUAUAAUGCGAGUCAGAGAUCCUAAGCACCGGUUGAGCUCCAUCGGGGUUGAGGGUAUCACCUUUAAUUCCUCUACAGCAUCUCCAUCAUUCAGCAUGAGAUUUGAUGCAGCAGUAGCUGUCAAGAACACAAAUUUUGGUCAAUUCAAGUUUGAUAAUAGCACCAUCAAACUCGCCUAUAAGGGCACCAACGUUGGAGAGGCCAUUAUUGCCAAGGCUCAAGCUCGGGCUAGAUCCACCAAACGGAUUGAGGUACUUGUGGGUGUGAGUUCAAACAAUGUAUCAAGUAACUCAGCCUUGGCCAGUGAUAUAAACACCGGGAUUUUGACACUAACCAGCCAUGUCAGGUUGGAUGGGAAGGUGCAUCUACUGAAAAUUUUCAAGACCAAGAAAUCUCCAGAAAUGAAUUGCACCAUCAACAUUAAUUUGGUGGAUAAAGUGAUCCAAGAUUGGCACUGCAAUUAA